CAGAUUAUGCUUCUUUCUUCUGGUGUCAGUAACAGGCCUUCUACCAUGAGCAGUUCCACUCCAGCUGAGGAUAAUGAGAAUGACAAGAAGAAAUUUAAAGGAGACAGAUCACCAUGCUCCCCUUCACGUGUCCUUCAUAUCCGUCAAAUUCCAAGUGAUGCUACUGAAGCAGAAGUCAUUUCAUUGGGCAUCCCUUUUGGCAAAGUAACCAAUUUCUUGAUGCUAAAAGGAAAAUGUCAGGCAUUUUUGGAAAUGGCUUCUGAAGAAGCUGCUGCUGCUCUGGUGAACCACUGUAGUCUUUCUACACCUCAUCUCCACAGUCAGCCUGUUUAUAUUCAGUAUUCCAAGCACAGAGAACUUAAGGUUGAAAGUUCACCUAAUCAGGCUAGAUCCCAAGCUGCAUUGCAAGCUGUGAAUGCUACACAGCCUGGAAGCCAGGCUGUUCCAAGUGCUUAUACUGCUGAAGGUGGGCACCAUCCAUAUCAAGGUUCGGUUCUUCGAAUCAUUGUUGAAAAUCUUCACUACCCUGUCACUAUAGAAGUGUUGUAUCAGAUUUUCUCUAAGUUUGGAUCUGUCUUGAGGAUUAUUACCUUCACUAGGAACAAUCAAUUCCAAGCUUUGCUCCAGUAUGCUGAUCCAAUGAAUGCAUAUUAUGCCAAAAUGAGUCUGGAUGGCCAUAAUAUUUACACUAUGUGCUGCACCCUCCGUAUUGACUUCUCCAAGUUAGCUAGCCUUAAGGUAAAGUACAACAAUGAGAAAAGCAGAGAUUUCACUCGCCUUGACCUUCCAUUUGGUGAUGGCCAGCAACCUCCGGAGCCACCCAUGGUACCUACCUAUGGCACCCAAAAUUUCAUCAUGCCAUCGUAUGCAGGGGCUCCUGGGUUUGCCCCAGCCAUGAACUUUGCUCCAGCUGCAAGUUAUUCAGUUCCAGCUGUUCCUGCACCACUUGGUUCUCUUGCUCCCACAUCAGCAGGGCCCGGACCAGUGAAUCUUCCUGGUGUUACUAGUGUUCCAGCCAAUUCUGUUUUACUAGUCAGCAACCUCAACCCUGAAGCCAUCACACCACAUGGACUUUUCAUCCUGUUUGGUAUGUAUGGUGAUGUGCAUCGUGUGAAGAUCAUGUUUAAGAAAAAAGGCAACGCAUUGGUUCAGAUGGCAGAUGCAACCCAGGCUCAGUUAGCUAUGAGUCACUUGAAUGGACAGAAGCUUUAUGGAAGGGUCCUCCGUGCUACUCUUUCAAAACAUCAAAUAAUUCAACUUCCUCCUGAGGGACAAGAGGGCAAUGGUCUGACGAAGGACUAUAGCAAUAGCCCUCUACAUCGCUUUAAGAAACCUGGCUGUAAGAACUUCCAAAAUAUCUUUCCUCCAUCUGCCACCCUGCACCUCUCCAACAUCCCGCCUUCUAUUACUGUUGAGGAUAUGAAGAACCUUUUUGCAAGUACAGGAUCUACUGUGAAAUCCUUCAGAUUCAUCCA